CACGGACGCAUCCUUGUUUCAGGGCUGGAGCUCACUGUCUUACUCGGUCGACUCGUGUCACUACGCGCCAUUCAUGCCAUUCAGUCGACGAGUCGCUCACAGAGCUGAAAAAGAGCUAGGCUAUGGCGCUCAAACAGUGCAGCAUGUGCGAUCGCACAUUCACCAAACUCGAACACCUCAAGCGACACGAAAGAUCGCAUACCAAAGAACGCCCAUAUGAAUGUCCAACAUGUAAUAAGAGCUUUUCGAGAAGCGACGUCUUGUACAGGCACUGCAAAGGCCACAAUCAGAUUGCGAUGAAUCGCAAGAAAGAGCAUGAGGAGCAAGAUUACAGACAAAUCCCAAGCAUAGAUGGGGCAAAUCAGCACCCGCAAUACCAACUUGCGGGACACAUGACUGGCCCCACCCCUGCGCCAUCCUUGCAAGGUGGGGAUAUGUCUUUGGCAGAAGGAGUGAAUGAUCCGGCAAUCCACGCGGAUAGUGGGCAUCGUAUGGAAGCUCUCAUCAACGCAGCGCAACACCUCGAGCCCACUAGUUACCCAGCAUGGCAGUCACCUAGCUCAAUACAUCAUGAAAACUAUCAGCUAGCAGGCCAUCAUGACAGCAGCCUGGGACCGCCGAUUGACCCUUCCAUGGAAUCUCUCACUUUCGCGCCAUCUGGAAAUGUUAACACUUUUGAUCCGUGGGCCUUUGAUAUAACACAAACUCAUCAAUCCAUGCUCGCUCAGACGCCCUCUCAGGCUCUGCGCUCAUGGCUCUUCCCGCCAGAGAGCAACAUGGACACACCAAACGGAUCUCAUCGGCCGGAAUUGGAGGACACGCUCUAUCACGACGCUGCAGGGAAUCAACGCAAUAGCCAAGGCAGCCCAUCUGAUGCCAUGUCAAUAGCAUCGAGGAUCCCUCGAGAGCGGUUUGCAAGAGUUGCGAACUGCUGGCCGCCUCAGACAUCACGAACUACACGUCUAAUGCCCAUCUUGUGGCAGGAUCUUGCGUCACGCGGGUGUUCGAACAUCUUUUGGGAUGACAUGAUUCACACGUUUGAACAAGCCCCGUACAAUGAUGAACGGAAGAACUCGCGAUGGUGCUUAGACGAUGCCAGCAGAAAGUCACUUCAGGACGCCCUAACCCAAGCACAGCUCGCCGAGGCUUCACGACCAACCCAUAGGGGAAGUCUGGUGGGCAACAGCAUAGCUGUAACUGGAAACAGCUUGCCAUUUCCGCCGGCCGAAAUCCUGGAUAUUGCCUUGGAGAUGUACCAGAAUUACUUCCACCCAACGCUUCCUGUCAUCCAUGUCCCGUCAUUUUCGGUCAAGCAAGCUGCGCGACCGCUCCUGCUUUCAAUGUGUCUCGUCGGACUGAGCAUCAUCGGCACUGCAGGAGCCGUGAAGUUUGUCACACAAAGCUUCCCUAGCUUACUACAGCUUGUGUUGUCAGAUCUUCGCUCUUUGCGCUCAAGCGAGUACCCACCGCAUCGACACAUGCGCACUAUCGCGACUGGCCUUAUCGCUCUCAACCUUGCUUCAAUCACCGGCAGGAAAAACCGCAUUGCUCAGGCAGAGGAGUUAUAUAUCGAACUGCUCACAGUAGCCCAGAAUCAAGGUCUCUUCUCUGUGAACGAUGGCACGGAUGUUGGCGCUUUGUUGGACUCACUGGUCGAUGAAAAGAAUAAGUGGAGUGCCUGGAUCAAUAUCGAAUGCGUAAAAAGGGUCACCUUUGGCCUGCUCCAAGCAGACUGUUGGUGGUCAGGACACCUAUCAACCUCGCCAAUUAUACGUCCUGAACUUGUACAGGUAUAUCCUGUGACAAACCAAAGCUUGUACCAAGCAGAGUCAUCGACGGCGUGGAGUAAUCUCGUCAAUGGCGGCACGCCCGCCCACAUCGACGCCAUUGCGCCAUAUCCGGAAUUGGCUCCUGAACUACAGCCGCAUGUAUCGGAUCUGGCGUAUAAUCAAUUGACGCUCAUCUCAAUCCGGAUAAUGGAGGCUCACGACAGGCUUGGCGUCAAGACUGACGCCUAUCAGCUCGAACCAUGGCGUGUGUUUGCCGAAGAUGAGCGUAGCCAUGGCAUAGUAUCGCUCAUGGUAAGCUUCAGAUCCAUAGACGACCUGAACUCGCUCGUCCUCUGGCAUAUGUUAUGCAUGAGACUCAGUGCCAACAUGCAAUACUUUGAGCUUGCUGCUGGGCGAGCUGGUGCGGGCCCAGCAGAGACAGCCUUGGAACAAAUCGCUGCUUGGGCGCAAACCUCGACGGCGCGACGCUCCAUUCUCCACGCAGCACACAUCUACAAGCUACUGUCUGACCGGAAAGUUUCUGAUAUCGUUCAUCCACAUAGUAUCUUUGCCUUGUUCCACGCUGCAUUGGUCCUUGGGCUUUAUGUUUUCUCCGUUUCAUCUUCCGAGUAUAUUGAUCGCACUAGCUAUGAGCUUUCAGAGUCAGUGGACUGGACGACCGUUGGAGAUUUGGGCCUAUCUAGUACUGAGCAAUCUGCUAGCGUAAACGCUGCAGCAGUUCGCUUCAUUCGAAAGGGAGGUCCUAUUUGUAUGAGUAACGUCACUCUCGAGGCAGGAUAUGCUGCGGCUCGCAAGACCCUGCUGCACUGCGCUGACCUCAUGGAAGGCAUGGGACGCUGGAAGAGCAGGACUUUUUCUCAGAUUCUACACAUAAUGAGCGACGAUCUCACUGAGAUUAACGGUCUCGAUCACGACGAUGGAUAAGAGACCUUUCAAUGGCGGGGAGGCCAAGUCUUAAUAUCGAUUUAAUGUUC